CUCUCUCUCUCUACCCACCUCGUGCAAUUGCACCCCCUCCACCAACGAGGAGAACUCGAUCCCAAUUUACAGCGCCGUUGAAUAAGUCCGUCGGUAAUUCGAGCGGGGAGAGAUAAUGGCGUCACCCGUCGACGAGGAUCUCCCCGGGUUGCCGCCCAUCAAGACUACACCUCUGCCGCCCCCGGUGCCGUCGUCCGCCACGGCCACGUCCUCGGCCUCGGCCUCGGCCUCGUCCUCUCCGUCGCCGGCGUCGUCGGCGGUGGACAGCGCGAAGGCCGCGGAGGAAGAGGAUCGCGAGCCGUCGACGCCGACGUCGGAGGGGAGCAGGCUGCGGUCGCCCGCCGUGUGCCCGCCGGCGCCGCGCAAGCCGCCGGCCCCGCGGCUGCCCGCCAAGCGGAAGCCGCCGCCCGCGCCCGUGCGGGUGUUCGUCGCCGUCCCGCGCGACCUCUCCACCGUCUUCCGGUCGCUGUCCCCCAAGAAGCGGAUCCGGGUAUCGUGAUGCCGCGAUCGAUCCGGCCGUGAUUUGCCUUUGCCACCGGCUUUCCUCCAGGCUCGGUCGAUUUCUUGGAGAGUUCUUCCGAGUUCUUGGCUUCUUCUUCUUCCGGUCUUCCCCCUCGAUCUUUUCUUUUCUCUCCUCUGGUUUACUGCUCCUGCUGCCCACGGGCCACGGCCAUGGUAUAAAUUAAAUUAUAGUUUUUGUUAUAAAUAACGUGUGUGUUCUUUGAGUAUUCGUUCUUUUUUCUCCUUCUUCUUCUUUCUUUUGUUGUGCUAGCGUGAGGCAGAAGUUGCAGCUCUAGAAAUGAAUUGCUGUUACUGAAUGGAAGCAGUUCAAAGAAACAGAAAAGCUGUAGCGGAAAUUCACAGAGAUCUUGUAAAUUAUGAUACCUGCCAGAACUAUCUAUCAUAAUCUGAGUUUUGCUUGC